AUGCGCUUUUACUAUCGGCGCUGUAGACCGAUUGAACCCAACGAAAUCCAGAUCCUCAGUACAUACGACCAUAGCAAGGCUAAUUUUGUUAGCGCCAUUCCGAGGCUCGGAGAUGGUCGCAUCGAGGUCGACCUUGACUCCAAGGUCUGCAGAACUGUCGCAAAGUUGAUUCCCUUCCCGCACGACGAGAAGCAACCCCCAUCAGUCCCAGAUUAUAUACAGCCUGCAAUCUGUGACGUUCAAUUGAAUAUCGUUAUUCAGGUAGUCGGUAGUCGGGGUGAUGUACAGCCCUUCAUUGCAUUGGGGAAUGAGCUUCAAUUACAUGGACAUCGUGUAAGACUCGCGACCCAUGAUGUAUUCGAGUCGUUCGUUCUUGAAUCAGGUCUGGAAUUCUAUGCUAUUGGAGGUGAUCCCACAGACCUUAUGGCUUAUAUGGUCAAAAACCCGGGAUUAAUACCUCAGAUGAAAAGUCUGCGAAAUGGUGACAUUCAACGCAAGCGGUCUAUGGUGGCCGAGAUGCUACGGGGUUGUUGGAACUCUUGCAUCGGCCACGAUCCGGUGAGCAAAGUACCAUUCGUGGCAGACGCAAUAAUCGCCAACCCUCCAAGCUUUGCUCACAUUCACUGUGCGCAAGCAUUGUCCAUUCCCUUGCAUCUCAUGUUUACUAUGCCAUGGAGCAGCACGCGAGCCUUCCCACACCCGUUGGCAAAUCUCAAAUACUCAACGACCGAGCCAAAGAUUGCAAACUACAUAUCUUACGGAGUCGUUGAAUGGCUGACAUGGCAGGGAUGUCUGUGGCUUUUUCUUCCGCUCCCUUCCGGACUACACCCCGCCCCCGAACUUGAUUCGUUUCUUCGAAGCGGCAGCUCUCCGGUCUACAUUGGAUUUGGCAGCAUUGUGAUCGAAGAUGCAGUUGGUAUGACGAAUAUAAUUCUGCAGGCCGUCAAGUCACUCAGGAUUCGCGCGAUCAUAUCUCGUGGCUGGAGUAAUAUCGGAGAGGUCUCAUCUGAUGACAAAAUCUUCUAUAUUGGAGACUGCCCGCAUGAAUGGUUGUUUCAACAUGUCGCCGCUGUUGUCCACCACGGAGGUGCUGGCACCACCGCAUGUGGUCUACGUUUUGGGCGACCCACGGCUAUCAUUCCAUUCUUUGGAGAUCAACUUUUCUGGGGCAAUAUGGUUGCAUCCUGUGGGCUGGGACCGAGGCCAAUCCCGUAUCGGUCUUUGACUUCAACAAAGUUGGCGGAAGCCAUCCACUUCUGUCUCCAGACGGAAGCAAAGUCUGCAGCUCAACAUGUCGCAAGUCGAAUGGGCCAUGAAAAUGGUGUGGCCGCUGCUGUUGCCUCUUUCCACCGUAAUUUACCAGUGAACGACAUGCGAUGUCAUGUUUUUCCUUCAGAACCUGCCGUUUGGCAAUUCAAAAAAUCAUCAAAACCUCGAAUGCGUUUGUCAAAGCUCGCAGCGGAGGUUCUGGUUGGUCACAGUCGUUUACAUCUAGGUGAUCUCCAAACUUAUUACGCCCAGCCGAUUCAUAUUGAGAAUCGGCGAUGGGACCCAGUUACAGGCACCGCUUCUUCAUUGAUAGGGACCAGCACUGAUAUACUGAAAGCAACUGGCGAUAUUUUUUACCGGCCAUAUCAGGAAUUGAGUCGUGUUCCCAGGAGUUCAUCGGAAUCCGACCUGAACAAGUCAUCUGCCGUCCAAUCCCGUAGAAUUAAUUUCAUAGCAGAAGCAACAUCCCUGCCUGACUCAUCUGCAAAGCCAACUUCAAAACUGAAAGCUACAGGGGCAGCGAUGGGAGGCUCGGCCAAAAGUGUGGGGAAGGUUGUCGGUUACGGGUAUAAAGGCAUGCUUGUAGACAUGCCUUUAGCGGUUAGCGAAGGCCUUAGAGCUGUACCUCGGCUAUAUGGUGAUGAGGUCAAAGAUCACGGAAAGAUUCAAGAUUGGAAAUCUGGAGCAACCUUUGCUGGGAAGAACUUUGUUCAUGGCAUGGCAGACGGUCUCAGCGACAUAUUUACUCAGCCAUACAAAGGGGCCCAGGAAGAGGGAGCAAAGGGUGUGUUCAAGGGAAUCGCAAAGGGAACUCUCGGCAUGACUAGCAAGGUCUCCUCAGCCGCAUUGGGAUUGGUCGCUUAUCCUGCUCACGGGAUGAUGAAGAGCUUGUACACUGCAACGCACUCAAAGAGGAGCAAGCUUAUUGCUCAGGCGAGAAUUGAGGAGGGAAAGUAUCUAUCAGAACACUCACACAAGGGCCUCGGAAAGAAUCGCCAGACAAUCCUUCGCAACUUUGAGGCUGCCUGUCGCAGGACAGCUGACUCUGGCAGCUCAUAA